AACGGCUUAAUAGUCGCAGAGUGGAGCAGAUGAAGUGCCGCGUUGUUUUCAGAGAUGUAGAGAGAAGGAACUGCAUGUCUCUUUAAUUAUCCAGAGGGACCCAUGACCCUGACACGAGGAUCCUUCACCUAUUCCAACGGAGAGGAGUACCAUGGAGAGUGGAAAGAAGGUCUGCGUCACGGCUUGGGUCAGCUGAUCUUCAGCGACGGGACGUGCUUCACCGGACAGUUUGAGAACGGCCUGUUCAACGGCUGUGGCGUUCUGGUGUUUCCUGAUGGCUCCAGGUAUGAAGGUGAAUUUGUGCAGGGGAAGUUCCAGGGAGCCGGUGUUUUCACUCGCUUCGAUGGCAUGAAGUUUGAGGGCGAAUUUAAAGGCGGAUGUGUGGACGGCCACGGGCUGCUGACCUUCGCGGACGGCGGACGAGGCGUCAGCCACGAGGGCCUGUUUGAGACCAACCAGCUGAAAAGAAGAGAGAGCAGCCAUGCAGCUGUUCAGAGAGCGCAGGCGGCGUCGGCCAAAGCCAGAGCUCUGGCCUCGUGACGUGGACCGGACGACCCACACCGACCCCUGGUACCGGGGUCAUCCUCCUCCCGUCAGUCUGACCUCCUCAAUACGUUUCUAAUGCUCCUUUGUUUCAUCGUGUCCAGCUUCUGCAAACGAUUCUGGGAUAAAAUGUCCAACUUUAUCUUCUGGUUCAUUUGAACUGUCGGGUCUGUGACCUGCAGAGUAAUCAGGACGGUAAAAUCUGCUCACACAGCCACCGACUCAGGAUCAGUACCGCCGAACACACGCUGUUCGACACACUGCUAAGUGCUAAAUCGCAUCCAGAGUUUGGUUUUUAAAAAACUCUGGAUGCGACAUUAAAUAUGGGCAUUUUUCAGGUAAUCCUGACAACAAGCAGGUUCACACUGGGCUUUAUUUAAAAGUUCAAGGAAACAACGGAUCAAACUUUGGUAACGUAAAUUCUGAUUCACCUCACACCCCGAUACUUUAUGAUUAGUUUUUUUAUUAUUAUUUAAGUGUUUUCAAUGCAAAAUAUCACAAGUUAAGGUCUGUAGUGUUUAAUUAUAAACAAGACAGAAGCUGUGGCUCUCACAUGGCUUAAUCUGUAAAUUAUUAUUUCCUAUCAUUUCCUAAGCAAUUAGAUCUUUAGGGUCUAACUAUAAUUAUUAUCAACUGCUUUAAUCCUUUAGAGAGAAUAGCAGAGGUUAAAUAAUAUUUUAAAAUGUAACAUUUUCCUCACCUGUGAGUGUAGUCACUGACAACAUUGGGAACCCAGAAGGAAUGGUCUAAUUUAGAUAUUUUAAUAUUUAAGUCACAAUUAGUUUGCUUAUCUAAAACUCAUGUUAACAAGUCCAGUUUUCUCUAUCCAGGUUAACCCUAUAAUCACUCAUAUUUCAUGCACAUGGAUUCAAAAAAAUUUACAUAAACAUAACAUUCAGUUUUUCAUAAGGAAAUGUUCAUAAAAUUCGACUGUGAUGAGUGAAUGAUUUUAUGUUGGCUAUAAAAGAUUGAAUCCUAAAAACUGAUUCAAAAGCUGCUUUAUCAAACUUGAAGGUCAUGAAAACUUAAAACAUCCAGGAUUUUAUAACAGAUUUUGACUUUUGACCCAGGAAUUAACUUUAGUGUGCUAAUUAAAUUAAAAACUGAAAUCACUGUAGAGUGAUUUCACUGAACAGUCAUCUUCAGUGAAAUCAAUCAAUCAGUUUUGAUGUGCGCUACGUACAAGAUGUUUUGGCACAAAAAGUCUUUUUUUCUCCACAAUUUUGUUAAUAGUAAAGAGGGUUAAAUAAUAAAAAUUCCAGAAAUUAUUCUUUUUCUUUUUUUACUUAAAGGAAGAUCUCAAGGUUCACAGAGUGUGUACAGCCUCAGGCGCUGCUGCCCUCCGAUAAAAUCCUGCAGGCGUCUGGGCAUAGUUCUGAACUUUAACCGUAGGAAAGAGUUUUAUACAUAAAGCAAUUUAUUUUAAACGUUUUUUAUCAUUUUCUUUUUUUUUAAAAACUCUAAAUAUAAACAAAUGUUAUUACUUCAGUGUAAAAACAUUAAACUAAAUAAUUUCUUUGGCAGUGCUCCCUAACGACUGGCUAUUUUUAGAACGUGCUCCGCGGGCGACCGGGGGCCCGCGGGCCCCGUGUUGGUGACCCCUGUGUUAAAACAUAACAUUUGUAAAGAAAACACAGAGCUGAUUCUAAUACAAACCACAGUUACCGACGGCAACAGCAAAAGGGGGAGGAGGUGCCGGUUACUGGUCGCCAUGGUAACCACCAACUGCCAAGAGCAGCGUAACCAGCAGAACUUAACAUACCAAUGAAUGUCUGAAGAAACAACUUGUUGACUAAACAAAAUAAAUUCAAAGAAUAAAACAAACACAUUUUGACAAACUUCACAUGAUAUAGUUAAAUAAAACGCUGUUACACCGCACAUUUCAGCAACAAGGCAGGUCAAAGUGCUUUACAUCAUAAAAAUAAAGUCAUAGAAGACAGUCGAUGAUUGAGACAUUGCAUUUUGUCAAGUGUUGUUGUUACACAUCA